UCAAAAUGUUUUUUUUUUAAAUUUUAUUUAAAAUAAAUUCAUAUUGGAAAAUUCAUCCGAACAAGCUCACGAUUUUUUUCGUAACAAAAUAAAUAAAUAAGUACUAGUCUAGGUUUCAAUUUCAACGAGAAUUCAAUUCACAUCUACAAGUCUGAACGCAAGUCGCAAGCCAUACCAAAAGUCAUCAGAUUUUGAAUUCUUAAAAGUUCUUACAUCAAUAUUAUAAUAUCCUUAAACUAAAAUGCCAAACAUAACCCUAUCGUAUCUAAAAUAUUUCUUUCUAUCCAUUUUGUAUGUAAAGAAGUGUGACUAUCAUUAUCUUGUGUUGUGCACCUUUAUACCGUAGCUCCUCUCUGUGCUGCCACGUUUCCUCCAUCUGCUUCACCCCUUUUUCCCCAUUGGCAAUUUUUGCAUAAAAAUAUACCAACUACUUAAGAGAUCUAGACACAACUUACAAGAGGAUCAGAAAAUCUUAGAAGGAUGGAGAGACAUUUCGUGUUAGUUCAUGGAGUAAUGCAUGGAGCAUGGUGUUGGUACAAGGUCGCCACUUUGCUUCAGUCAGUGGGCCAUAAGGUGACAUCUCUAGACAUGGCUGCUUCUGGGAUCCAUCCCAAGCAAGCCAGUGAGGUCAACUCUUACCGAGAAUACGUUGAGCCAUUAACACAGUUCAUGAAGGCUCUUCCCUCGCACGAGAGCGUGAUCCUUGUCGGUCACAGCGCAGGUGGGGGCUGCAUCUCUGUUGCAAUGGAGCAAUUCCCUGAAAAGGUCUCUGUUGCUGUUUUCGUUGCUGCACUCAUGCCAGGUCCAAAUAUCACCUUUGCUGCUCUAACUAAAGAGUUUAUUCAACAACUGGGGAAAGCGCCUAGUAAUGAAAGACCAGACAAAAAGUUGUCAAGCACAGAAGCUGUCACAUGGCAUGACCUAUCGGGACCAUACAAUCAGCUCUCUCCACCAGAGGAUGUAAUGCUUUCGAAAUUAUCGAUGAGACCCAGCCCCAGUUUCAAUGACUAUGAAUUGUUUGAUAAACAAACUACAUUCACGAAAGAGAAUUUUGGGAAAGUGAGAAGAGUUUAUAUAAUGGGCGACCAAGAUAUGCUGAUGAAGGAAGAUUUUCAGAAGUGGAUGAUUGAACUGCAUCCUCCAAAUGAGUUUAAGAAGAUAGAUGGUUCUGAUCACUUUUUGAUGUUUUCCACACCAAUACAACUAUUUUCAUGCCUCCAAGAUAUAUCGCACAAGUAUUAUUAAAUGAUUAUGCUAUUUGUAUACAAAAAUUCAGUUAUCAAAUUAACUAUUAUUAUA